GUCGGUCCGCAUGCCGUGGAGAUCGACGGUAAAACUGUUGAAAGUCGAAGUUAUGCUACGCUGUACUUUCUCAGCAUCCUUUUCCAGUAAUAGGAAAAAAAGGAGAAGCCAAACAAGCAAAAGUUUUCCUCUGGCUGGCGAGAGAGGAGUCGCCAUGGAUGGAAAGGAGGUGUCUGCUUGAUUAAAAUGAGAGAGGAACGGUGAGCUCUUUCUCCACAUGCUGGAAAAAAAGAAUGAUAACUUAGCACUUUGGUGUUGGAGAAAAGGACACCGAAACUCUGGGAAAGUUUGAGGCAGAAAACGGGCUAUGGCGCGGGAGGCAGAAGAAACCGGGAUGGUCACAGGUUCAAAAGUCAAAAAGCAGAGAAAGAAGAAAGUGAAGGAGAACAAAACCAGGAUUGUCCACGCAAACAUACUGUACGACCACGCCAAAGGAGAGGAAAACCCAAAUCGGCACUAUGCAAACAACAAGAUUAAAACCACCAAAUACACCCUGCUGUCUUUCCUGCCGAAGAACCUUUUUGAGCAGUUCCAUAGGUUCGCCAAUGUUUACUUUGUUUUCAUUGCUUUGCUGAAUUUUGUCCCGGUUGUCAACGCAUUUCAGCCAGAACUUGCACUGGCUCCGGUGGUUUUCAUUUUAUCUGUCACUGCCAUCAAAGACCUAUGGGAGGACUACAGGAGACACAGAUCGGAUAAAGAAAUAAAUCACAUGGACUGUCUGGUGUACAGCAGACUGGAAAGACGCUAUGUGGAGAGGUACUGGAAGGAGGUGCGGGUGGGAGACUUCAUCAGGCUGCGCUGUAAUGAGAUCCUUCCAGCUGAUGUUCUGCUGCUAAGCUCCAGUGACCCGGACCGCUUGUGUCACAUCGAGACCGCCACGCUGGACGGAGAGACCAACCUCAAGCAGAGACAGGUUGUCCGCAGCUUCUUCGACCUGGAUUGUGACUUUGACCCCUCGAAGUACAACAGCAUCAUUGAAUGUGAAAAGCCCAACAACGAUCUGAACAGAUUUCGAGGCUACAUAAUCCAUCGAAACGGCAGAAGAGAUGGACUUUACAAAGAAAACCUCCUGCUGAGAGGCUGCACCAUCCGCAACACAGAGGAGGCCGUGGGAAUAGUCAUCUAUGCAGGUCAUGAGACCAAAGCCAUGCUUAACAACAACGGCCCACGCUACAAGCGUAGCAAACUGGAGAGACAAAUGAACGUCGACGUGUUCUGGUGUGUCAUCAUCCUGCUGGUCAUGUGCCUGUUUGCUGCUGUUGGUCAUGGGCUGUGGAUGUUUCAGUACGGAGAUAAGAGGCCUGUGUUUGACGUUCUUAGUCCAGAAGGGACAGACUUAUCACCCAUCUUGUCUGCGAUUUAUCUCUUCCUCACUAUGAUCAUCGUCUUUCAGGUGUUGAUACCCAUCUCCCUUUUUGUGUCAAUUGAGAUUGUCAAGAUCUGCCAAGUGUACUUCAUCCAUCAGGACAUGGAUCUGUACGACGAGGAGACAGACUCUCACCUGCAGUGCAGGGCCCUUAAUAUCACUGAGGAUCUCGGCCAGAUGCAAUACAUCUUUUCUGACAAGACAGGCACCCUGACAGAGAACAAGAUGGUGUUUCGACGAUGUACUGUGGCUGGGGUGGAAUACUCCCAUGAUGCCAAUGCCAGAAGACUUGCUAUGUACCAAGAGAUGGACUCUGAGGAAGAGGAGUGUAUGUCCCACGGCGGCACACUAACCAGGCGGGACAGUGUGACCAGCCACCAGAGCGCCCGUGUGGUGCUGCGCUCCCAGAGUACAAAGUCCCACCGCAGGACAGGCAGCAGGGCGGAGGCCAAACGAGCCAGCAUCCUGUCUAAGCACACAGCCUUCAGCAGCCCCAUGGAGAAAGAUAUUACCCCAGACCCUCAGCUCUUAGACAAAGUCAACGAAUGCAGCAGUCAGCUGGACUUCAUGCGUUUCCACAGCCAGCCGAUGUCCCAGCUGCCCUCUGACCUCUCUGACAUCAUUGAUUUCUUCAUCGCUCUCACAAUCUGCAACACGGUGGUGGUCUCCUCCCCCAACCAGCCCAGACAAAAGGUCCGGAUGAGAUUUGAGCUCAAGUCCCCUGUGAAGACCAUCGAGGACUUCAUCAAGCGCUUCACGCCCAGCCGUCUGACCUCCGGCUCCAACAGCAGCAGCUCCUCCAGCCUCAUCACCAACCGCUCCUCCAACAGGGGCUGCUCCAGCGUGCUGUCCUCCCCCUCCGCAGAGAGCACUCUCACCAAACUAGAUGAGGAGCGGCCUGCCAGGGGCCUGGAGCACGCCUUCAGCCCCGUCCCCCCAAACUACGAGGGCAAGACCUGGGCUGCAGAGGAGGGCGAGCUGCGCUAUGAGGCUGAAUCACCUGAUGAGGCUGCGCUGGUCUACGCUGCCCGGGCCUACAAGUGCUCCCUUGUAGGACGUCUGCCUGACCAGGUGACUGUGGAACUGCCCCACUUGGGGAAGCUGAGCUUUGAGCUACUGCACACACUGGGCUUUGACUCCACCAGGAAACGUAUGUCUGUGGUGGUUCGACACCCUCUGACAGACCAGAUCACUGUCUACACUAAAGGAGCAGACUCUGUCAUCAUGGACCUCAUCAAACCCCCUUCCACAGAUAACUCUAAAGGGAAACGCCAGAGAAAGAUUGUCUACAGGACCCAAAAUUACCUAAACCUGUAUGCUGCCGAUGGUCUCCGAACACUGUGCAUCGCGAAAAAGAUUCUGACCAAGGAAGAAUACGCAUGCUGGCUGCAGCGCCAUCUUGAGGCUGAGACCGCCAUCCAAGGAAGAGAGGAAUUGCUCUUUGAGUCGGCCCUGCGACUGGAGACAAACCUCCAGCUUUUAGGAGCCACAGGCAUCGAGGACAGGCUGCAGGAUGGUGUGCCUGAAACCAUUGCUUCGCUGCGCAAGGCAGGCCUGCAGAUUUGGGUGCUAACAGGCGACAAACAGGAGACAGCCAUCAACAUUGCAUAUGCCUGCAAGCUGCUGGAGCCCGAGGAGGAGAUCCUCACCCUUAAUGCUGAUUCUCAGGAGGCGUGUGCGCUGCUGCUGGAGGAGAGUUUACAUUACAUCCAGGCCAAAUUCCUCUGCACCUCGACAGACCAAGCUGCCAAGACUUUCCACAGUGAAUUUGCGGCCUUCGAUAUCUAUCCCUCUUCACCUCCUUCGUCCUCCUCCCACACCAGUCCCUUCACAGUGCACCGGCUGGGCCUGGUAAUUGACGGCCGGACCUUGGCCUAUGCCCUGGAUAAGAAUCUGGAGGAUAAGUUCCUGGCUGUUGCGCGGAGCUGCCGUUCAGUGCUGUGCUGCCGCUCCACACCGCUGCAGAAGAGCAUGGUGGUCAAACUGGUGCGAAACAAGCUGAAGGUCAUGACUCUGGCCAUAGGUGACGGUGCAAAUGAUGUCAGCAUGAUCCAGGUGGCUGACGUGGGUGUGGGCAUUUCGGGACAGGAGGGCAUGCAGGCAGUGAUGGCGAGUGACUUUGCUCUGCCACGUUUCCAGUAUCUGCAGAAACUCCUGCUGGUCCACGGCCACUGGUGCUACUCCCGACUGGCUAACAUGAUUCUGUAUUUCUUCUACAAGAAUGCUAUGUUUGUGGCCCUCAUCUUCUGGUAUCAGUUCUACUGUGGAUUCUCAGGUUCUGCCAUGAUUGACCAGUGGUAUCUUAUCUUCUUCAACCUGAUGUUCUCUGCCUUCCCACAACUCAUCACUGGCACGCUGGACAAAGACGUGUCAGCAGAGACUCUGCAGCAACUACCUCAACUCUACAUGAACGGACAGAACUCAGAGGAAUACAAGCCAUACAUGUUCUGGAUGAACAUGAUCGAUGCCUUUUACCAAAGCCUAGUCUGCUUCUUCCUGCCUUACUUUGCCUAUGCUGACUCUGACGUGGAUCUGUUUACAUGGGGAACUCCCAUCACCACCCUAGCUUUAUUCACCAUCCUGCUACACUUGGGCAUCGAGACUAAAACCUGGACCUGGAUGAACUGGGCGUCUAUCACUUUCAGCAUUGCUUUAUUCUUCACUGUGGCUCUGUGCUACAACGCCUCCUGUCCAACCUGCUACUCCCCUUCCAACCCCUACUGGACCAUGCAGAGGCUGCUGCAGGACCCGCUCUUCUACAUGCUCUGUGUCAUCACCCCUCUAGCGGCGCUGCUGCCCAGAUAUUUCUACAGGGCAUGUCAAGGCACGCUGUUUCCCAGCCCUGUCCAAGUUGGAAGGCAGUUGGAUAAGCUCCCCAGCGAGACCCGCAGGAACAUCCUCAGCCUGAGCAGGGUCAAGGUGGGGGCACAGCUUGGCCCCAAGCCUCCCUUCCUGUCCCUCCUCAAGCCUUUCCCUAAAGAUUACAAUCACAAAGACCAGAAGAGCUUCUCCAACUCCAAGACAGCACAAGGCUGUCAGGGGCCAGUCUUACAAAUGGACAAUGUUGGGAAGUCUCAUCAGAAGGGCCAGAGCAGCCCACUGGGGGUCACACACAGUAAGAAGGGCCUGUCAGAUCCAUACACAUUUGUCUCUACAGAAAUAGACACACUUCCUUACACCAAAGAAGCUCCUGGACACACGGGGGAGUCGCAGCCUCCUUCCACCAAAGACUCAGACUGUCUUGAUAAGACUUUAGACCCAUCGGAUCUGAGUCUGUCAAGCUGGAUCACAUCCACACCUCUGCUCACACAGGGAGACAGUGUUCAGGUGACCCUGCCCCCUGCUGGAGGAUCCCAGUGUGUCACCUACAAGAGGAACUCAGAGGAGACACCCGGGCUGGACCACACCGUUCGUCCCACACGGAGGACAGAGGAACAGCUGGCAAAUUGUUCCAAGGACCAUUCGCUCCAAACCACCUUAUGAUGUCUUACAGACUUAUGUUUCUCAAAAUCAAAUUUGCACGAUAGUUUUAUUGAAUUUUAUUGUAUUUUUUCAAGAGGAUUGUUUUAUAAAAGAUACAAAUAGGUACUUAAUCUUUAUAUUUUAGAUGUAUAAAGCUAAAGUAAAGUUUAUUUUUGAGAUUUGGGAGAUUGAAGAACUGGAAUAUCUCUCCCUUUUUCUGACUCUGGAAAAUGUUUAUUUUGCAAAGAUGCAUCUCAGUACUUGAUCAGGAUUUUGAUGUAAGAAACAGCAGACCAGAGACAUUCCAUUUUUCUAGGUUAUCUGGGAUUAUGUAUUCUCUCUGCCAUGGUACCCUGUUCAUUCUUUCAGCUGUGCCUGUAAAUCCAUUCUGACCUGCAUCAAAUGCCACUGUGGCCUUGAGUCGUGUCAGCAUGACGAAGAGGAGAAAUUUUAUGGGUUUUAUAUCUCAUCCAGAAACAUGUUUCAUUCUAUAUGACAGAAUUUCCAUGCAGAUUCUCCAGCACAAGCUUCUAUCUUUACUUGAAUCUUUCUCAUCAUGGGAUCAGCACAGAGUUGCGUUGCCUCAGACCACAUUUCAGCUUUGCGGCUGGAAUUUUAAAUAUUCUGAAUGUUGCUCAGUUUCAAAGACUGAAAAGUGUGUUUAUAGCCGUCAUUCAAUGCAUUCCAUUGAAUAAUCAUAAGAACUGUAGACUUUAAAUGUUGCCUAUUGAGUGCGAACACCAUGAAAGCUGGAAUUCACACAGCCAUUACAAGAAGCUAGAAAUGUCUGAGGUGUAUUAUAAGAAACUGAGAGACGAAACCUCAAGGCUGAUUGUGAAAGUGAUUAUGCUGUGUGUGUGUGUGUCUGUGUCUGUGUGUGUGUGUGUGUGUCUGUGUGUGUGUGUUUUCUUGGAGUUGACUCUUUGGAUCUGUUUUCUUUUUAAUCUUGCAGAGCUGGCCAAGUUCACAUUCUGUACUGUAUAGUAGGUUGAUAAUGAGCUACCAUCACAUGAUGUGUGCCACCAUAUAGGUUUACUUGAAGAUCUUUUUUUUAUGCUACUUCUGCCUAUUCAUUCCAUUUACUGAGCGUAUCGCAGCUCAGUCUGUCUUCUCUUCGUAGCGAUGUCCAGCCCUGUUCAGCUGUAAUGCCGGGCUCAGUGUGAACGCAACUGACCGGGUCUUUUGCAGACAAUAAAUGAGGCUGUAAGAUUUAAGUUUGCACUACAAAAUGUUGUUUCAGAGCGGUCAGUGAGUAUUAUUGGUGCUGGUGACAUGUCCUGAGGGAAGUGCUGAGUGUUCAGAUACAGUAUGAAAAGAAUGAAAAGUGUACCAUUUGCACUUAUGCAAACCUCAUCAUGAUGUAUUUGUCGUCAUGCAUAAACUUAACAAGUUGGAUGUUACAUGGACAGUUGGAGUGACACUACACUUUGUUGUAUUUUCCAAAGAAUUGAAAGCAGCACCUUGAAUAUGUUAUGAUUGUCAUUUGCACCAAUGUUGUGUCUUCUCAUCACAGUACAUUUUUUUUUUGUAAAGUACCAUAUACCAUUUACCAAAGAUCAUUUAUAUUGUACUUUGUAUUUUCUAAACAGUAGCUUGUGCCUUAACACUGGAUAAGAAAUUACAGACCUAAGAGUUUGCCUUUGAUAAAGUAAAGCUAUAUUGUUCAUGUAAAGAUGGUGGUGCAUCCUCGUUCAGAGAGGAGCGCUUUAUGUUUAUAGAUGAUAUUUAUGAGACAUAUGCUAUAGGGUUAAUUUGCUUUCAGCCAUUUUUUUUUUUUUUUUUUUUUGCACACUGUGCUUUGCUCUUGCGUGAUGUUCAGAUUGUUUGUCCACUUUCUUUGCGUGGGUUUUGUCUGUUUUGUGCUUUGGCAUUGCGUUUUGUGUGCCAGAAUGAAGCUCAGGCUUAUUCACUGCUGCAUUCCAACAUACCCGGUUUCACAUGGGCUGAAAUUCCUCACAGGAACAUUCACUCUCACUGCACAAGUCCUUGAACAUAUUUGAGCUUUUUUUUCUGUGAUUUUGUUACAUGAUAGGCCAGGGCCUGUUACAAGAUGCAUUCACAUGUUCCCUGUUGUAAUAAUUAUGUCAGUGUUAUAGGGCAUUUUAUAUAUUGUCUUAAUAUCAAGUAAAGUUGAUUUGUUAUUUGCAUUAUAUUCACUUUCAAGCUGCUUAUUUCAUUUUGGUUCUCGGUGAUACAUUUUCACCGUGUCAUUUUAAGGUUCUUGUGCAUAUGUCUUAAUAAAGCAUUUCAG